GCGCCCGCACACGCUGUGCCGCCGGGCGGGGGAGCGGCGGAGGGAGGGGACACAAGCUCAUUGCCGUGUGCGCCCUGCACUCUGUCCCUCACUCGCCGCCGACGGCCUGCCUUGCUGCUCGCACGCCUUGCUGCUGCCCCGCAGAAAUGCUUCGAUUACACGAAGUCCUUCGCCGGGUUUUGCCAGUGUCCAGGGCACUGGCACCUCAUCUCACUCGGGAGUAUGCCAAAGAUGUCAAGUUUGGUGCAGAUGCCCGAGCCUUAAUGCUUCAAGGUGUAGACCUUUUAGCCGAUGCUGUAGCCGUUACUAUGGGGCCAAAGGGAAGAACAGUGAUUAUUGAACAGAGUUGGGGAAGCCCCAAAGUAACAAAAGAUGGUGUGACCGUUGCGAAGUCCAUUGACUUAAAAGAUAAAUACAAAAAUAUUGGCGCUAAACUUGUUCAAGAUGUUGCCAAUAAUACAAAUGAAGAGGCUGGGGAUGGCACCACAACUGCUACUGUACUGGCACGCUCUAUUGCCAAGGAAGGCUUUGAGAAGAUUAGCAAAGGUGCUAAUCCAGUGGAAAUCAGGAGAGGUGUGAUGUUAGCUGUUGAUGCUGUGAUUGCUGAACUUAAGAAACAGUCUAAACCAGUGACAACCCCUGAAGAAAUUGCUCAGAAGUGUGAAUUCCAAGAUGCCUAUGUUCUAUUGAGUGAAAAGAAAAUUUCUAGUGUCCAGUCUAUUGUACCUGCUCUUGAAAUUGCCAAUGCCCACCGUAAGCCUUUGGUCAUAAUUGCUGAAGAUGUUGAUGGAGAAGCUCUAAGUACACUUGUUUUGAACAGGUAAUAGAUAGUGAUAAUUCGUUUACAUUUCU